AUGCCGUCCGCGAUACGAUCUCCUUCUCCAGUACGGUACUACUCCGUCCAGACAAAACACUUGAACGUCCAUGUUUCUCAAACCCGCUCCGCAUCAACCUCCAACCACCCACCCUCCUCUCACCCAUCCUACGAAGCCCUCGUCGUCGGCGCCGGCCCAGCAGGAAUCACAGCCGUCGGAAACCUCCUCGAACAACAAAUUCAACCAAUCCUCUGGGUCGACGGCGCCUUCAACGGCGGGCGUAUCAAUCGCGCUUACCGUGAAGUACCGUCCAACACAAAGGUGAAGCUAUUCGUCGACUUUGCCGAAGCAACGGCUCCGUUUCGAGAUAUUGUGGGUGGCAAGUCUCAGCCGGAAGUGUUGAAGGCGAUUCGGGAGCUGGAUCAGGAGAAAGGGUGUGAUCUUGGCAGGGCGGGAGACAUUUGUUCGAUGUUGACGGAGGGGUUGGUAAGGACUCCUGGUGUUGUGGCGGAGAAGGGCAAUGUCAGGGAGGCGAUAUUGAACAGUGGGGAAGGUGGAUGGUCUGUGGCGAUCGCGGCGGGGAAGAGUCAGCCCGCGACGACCGUGCAGACGAAGCGGGUGAUUCUUUGUACGGGCUCGCACCCCUCUGAGCCAACUCUUCCUGUCGACUUGCCGGUUCAACACAUCGAGCUGGACGACGCCCUAUCGCCAACGAAACUGUCCGCACUAGUAGCGGCGCUGGGUCCGACCACAAUCGGAGUCGUCGGAGCCUCCCACUCCGCCGUCUUGGUCCUCAUGAACCUCACCCGUCUCGCCCUGUCCAGCAAACCCGACCUCCACGUCAAAUGGUUCACCCGCCACCCCCUCCGCUACGCCGAGUACGAAGCCGACUUCAUCGCCCGCGACAACACCGGUCUAAAAGGCGAAGCAGCAGCCUGGGCAAGGGAAAACCUCGAACCCGAAACAAUGCCCAACAGCCCAGUCAAGAACGUCAUCACGAAAGUCGCAUACGAAAAGGGUGCCGAAAAGGAGACGUAUGAGAAGGAGAUGAAAGAUUGCAGUCACGUCGUGCAAGCGGUUGGGUAUACACGUAAUCCAUUGCCGACGUUGAAGGACGGGAAGACGGGGAGGGAGAUUCAGGUGGUCUUUGAUCAUGAUCGGGGGGUGUUUAAGUUUGCUGGUGGGAAGGAGGUUGUGCCGGGUUUGGGAGGCGCGGGGAUUGCGUUUCCGGAGAGGGUGGUGGAUCGGAAGUAUGGGCAUGAGGAGUUUAAUGUGGGGUUCUUUAAGUUUAUGAAGGCUGUUAGGAGGUGGGUUGUUGAGGAGUGGAAGUGA